CCCGGAGGAGGUUGUGGCGAGACAGGGCAGCCAUGGCAGCUCCCGAGCCUCUGUCCCCUGCGGCCGUGGCCGAUGAAGCGCCGGAAGAGGAUGAGGACGACGCGGAGGCCGAGGACCCCGAGCGCGGGGCGGGCAGCGGAGCGCGCAGCGGCAGCCUCAGUGGCAUUGGAGGCAGCACGGUUGGGCCUGGGCUGACCCUGGGGGGCGCGCUUACGAGGCGCGCGGUCACGCUGCGGGUGCUGCUCAAAGACGAGCUGCUGGAGCCCGGCGAAGGGGUGCUAUCUAUCUACUACCUGGGCAGGAAGUUCAUUGGGGACCUGCAGCCAGAUGGCAGGAUCCUGUGGCAGGAAACUGGACAAGUCUUCAACUCACCCAGCGCCUGGGCAACACACUGUAAGAAGCUCGUCAACCCGGCCAAGAAGUCCGGCUGUGGCUGGGCGUCGGUCAAGUACAAGGGCCAGAAACUUGACAAGUACAAGGCUGCCUGGCUCCGCCGACACCAGCUGCAUAUGCCAGUAGCUGCUGCUGAUGAGAGUCCCACCAGUGAAGGGGAGGAGGAGGAGCUGCUACUGGAGGAGGACGAAGAAGAUGUGCUGGCGGGGGUCUCAGCAGAGGACAAAGGCCGCAGACUGCCUGGGAAGGUCUCUGAGCCAGAGGCCACAACCCUGGGCAAGCGUGUGGACAAGGUCCAGGUGCCAGUGCGUUACUGCAUGCUGGGCAGUCGUGACUCUGCCAGGAACCCCCACACUCUGGUAGAAGUCACAUCCUUUGCUGCCAUCAACAAGUUCCAGCCAUUCAACGUGGCCGUUUCCAGUAACGUGCUGUUCCUCUUGGACUUCCACUGUCACCUGACUCGGAGUGAGGUCGUGGGCUACCUUGGUGGUCGCUGGGACAUCAACAAUCAGAUGCUGACCGUGCUGAGAGCCUUCCCCUGCAGGAGUCGGCUGGGGGACACUGAUACAGCAGCCACUGUUGAAGAGGAGAUCCACCAGGUGCUGUUCCUUCGAGGCCUGUCCCUGGUGGGUUGGUACCACAGUCACCCACACAGCCCCGCAGUGCCCUCCCUGCAGGACAUCGACGCACAGAUGGAGUACCAGCUAAGACUGCAAGGCUCCAGCAAUGGCUUCCAGCCUUGCCUGGCCCUGCUGUGCUCCCCCUACUAUUCUGGCAACCCAGGCCCUGAGUCCAAGAUCUGCCCUUUCUGGGUCAUGCCUCCCCCCGAGCAAAGGCCCAGUGAUUAUGGCAUCCCUAUGGACGUAGAGAUGGCGUAUAUCCAGGACAGCUUCCUGACCAGUGAUGUCCUUCAAGAGAUGGUGCUGCUGGCGGAGUUCUACAAGGGCGCCCCUGACCUCGUGAGGUUCCAGGAGGCCUGGAGCCCAGAGCAUACCUACCUGGACAAGCUCAAGAUGUCCUUGGCCAGCAGGACCCCAAAGGAUCAGGGCAUGUGCCAUGUGCUGGAGCAGGUCUGCAGCAUGCUCAAGCAGGGGAGCUGAGGCCAUGCAGGCCCUGCUGUUCUGGACCAGACUGGGCAAUAAAGUACCCACACACAGACCUGUGGCUGGGGUAGGACAGCAGGCGGACCCUUGGGCUGGAUAAUAAAGUCUAAGU